UCGGUAUUUUGCUUUACUGCUUCCUAUUCGCAAGAUGAAGAAGUUUUUCGACUCCCGGCGAGAGCAGGGCGGCUCUGGCCUGGGCUCCGGCUCCAGCGGAGGUGGGGGCAGCACCUCGGGCCUGGGCAGUGGCUACAUCGGAAGGGUCUUUGGCAUUGGGCGACAGCAGGUCACUGUGGACGAGGUGUUGGCGGAAGGUGGAUUUGCUAUCGUGUUUCUGGUGAGGACAAGCAAUGGAAUGAAAUGUGCCUUGAAACGCAUGUUUGUCAACAAUGAGCAUGAUCUCCAGGUGUGCAAGAGAGAAAUCCAGAUAAUGAGAGACCUAUCGGGGCACAAGAACAUUGUCGGUUACAUUGACUCCAGUAUCAACAGUGUGAGCAGUGGUGAUGUAUGGGAAGUGCUCAUUCUGAUGGACUUCUGUAGGGGAGGCCAGGUGGUCAACCUGAUGAACCAGCGCCUGCAAACAGGUUUUACGGAGAAUGAAGUGCUUCAGAUAUUUUGUGAUACCUGCGAAGCUGUUGCCCGCCUGCAUCAGUGCAAAACUCCUAUUAUCCACCGUGACCUGAAGGUUGAAAAUAUCCUCUUGCAUGACCGAGGCCACUACGUCCUGUGUGACUUUGGAAGCGCCACCAACAAAUUUCAGAAUCCACAAACUGAGGGAGUCAAUGCAGUAGAAGAUGAGAUUAAGAAAUACACAACGCUGUCCUAUCGAGCACCAGAAAUGGUCAACCUGUACAGUGGCAAAAUCAUCACUACGAAGGCAGACAUUUGGGCUCUUGGAUGUUUGUUGUAUAAAUUAUGCUACUUCACUUUGCCAUUUGGAGAGAGUCAGGUGGCAAUUUGUGAUGGAAACUUCACAAUUCCUGAUAACUCUCGAUAUUCCCAAGACAUGCACUGCCUAAUUAGGUAUAUGUUGGAACCAGACCCUGAUAAAAGGCCGGAUAUUUACCAGGUGUCCUACUUCUCAUUUAAACUACUCAAGAAAGAAUGCCCAAUUCCUAAUGUACAGAACUCUCCCAUUCCUGCAAAGCUUCCUGAGCCAGUGAAAGCCAGUGAGGCAGCUGCAAAAAAGACCCAGCCAAAGGCCAGACUGACAGAUCCCAUUCCCACAACAGAGACUUCAAUUGCACCCCGUCAGAGGCCUAAGGCUGGGCAGACUCAGCCAAACCCAGGAAUCCUUCCUAUCCAGCCAGCCCUGACACCUCGGAAGAGAGCCACGGUUCAGCCCCCACCCCAGGCUGCAGGAUCCAGCAAUCAGCCUGGCCUUUUAGCCAGUGUUCCCCAGCCAAAAACCCAGCCCCAAGCCAGCCAGCCUCUACCCCAGUCUCAGCCUAAGCAGCCCCAGCCUCCACCCACCCCACAGCAGACGCCGCCCACUGCGGCCCAGGCUCUGCCCACUGCGGCCCAGGCCACGCCCCAGCACCAGCCGCAACUCUUCCUCCAGCAGCCGCCGCCGCCGCCGCCGCCGCCGCAGCAACCGCCUCAGCAGCAGCCGCCACCUGCCCAGCAGCCCGCGGGCACGUUUUACCACCAGCAGCAGCAGGCCCAGGCCCAGCAGUUUCAGGCAGCACACCCAGCCGCCCAGCAGCCGGCCCUCGCCCAGUUCCCGGUGGUGUCGCAAGGCAGCUCCCAGCCGCCGCUGACACAGAACUUCUACCAGCAGCAGCCGCCGCAGCUGGCCGCGAACUUGCACCAACAACAGCUGCUGACUCAGCAGGCCGCCUUGCCCCAGAAGACCGCCGCCGCGGCCGGACAGCAGCCCCAGGCGCCGCCCGCCGCAGCCCCGCCGGCGCCCGCGGCCCAGGAGCCGGCGAUUCAAGCCCCAGUACGACAACAGCCAAAGGUUCAAACAACCCCACCUCCUGCCGUCCAGGGGCAGAAACUCGGAUCUCUCACUCCUCCGUCAUCCCCCAAGACCCAGCGUGCUGGGCACAGACGGAUUCUCAGUGACGUAACCCACAGCGCAGUCUUUGGGGUCCCUGCCAGCAAAUCAACCCAGCUGCUCCAGGCAGCUGCAGCUGAGGCCAGCCUCAAUAAGUCCAAGUCUGCAACCACCACUCCAUCAGGCUCUCCUCGGACCUCCCAGCAAAACGUUUAUAAUGCUUCAGAAGGUUCUACGUGGAAUCCCUUCGAUGAUGACAAUUUCUCCAAACUCACAGCUGAGGAACUGCUGAACAAGGACUUUGCCAAGCUGGGGGAAGGGAAACAUCCUGAGAAGCUUGGAGGCUCCGCUGAGAGUUUGAUCCCAGGCUUUCAACCAACUCAAGGUGAUGCUUUUGCCACUCCCUCGUUUUCUGCUGGAACCGCUGAAAAAAGGAAGGGUGGGCAGACUGUGGAUUCUAGCCUCCCACUUCUAAGUGUAUCUGAUCCUUUCAUUCCUCUUCAAGUACCUGAUGCACCAGAAAAACUAAUUGAGGGACUCAAAUCUCCUGACACUUCUCUCCUGCUCCCUGACCUCUUGCCUAUGACAGACCCUUUUGGUAGCACGUCCGAUGCUAUAAUUGAAAAAGCUGAUGUUGCUGUUGAGAGUCUCAUACCAGGACUGGAGCCCCCAGUGCCCCAGCGCCUUCCAUCUCAGACGGAAUCUGUGACCUCGAACCGCACAGAUUCUCUCACCGGGGAAGAUUCCCUGAUUGAUUGCUCCCUGCUUUCUAACCCUACUACUGACCUUCUGGAAGAGUUUGCCCCCAUAGCGAUCUCUGCUCCAGCCCAUAAAGCUGCAGAAGAUAGUAAUCUCAUCUCAGGUUUUGAUGUCCCUGAGGGCUCGGACAAGGUGGCAGAAGAUGAAUUUGACCCUAUUCCUGUAUUGAUAACCAAAAACCCACAAGGUGGGCACUCUAGAAACAGCAGUGGGAGCUCUGAGUCCAGUCUUCCCAACCUAGCCAGGUCUUUACUGCUGGUGGAUCAGCUCAUAGACCUGUAGCCGUGACCCAGUAGCAGAUGCAGUUCUGUAACCUUCACACCGUAAUAUACGUUUUCAUUACGGAGUUAUAAGAGAAAUGAUUUUUUAAAAAAUCUGCUAAUAAGGGGCCCUCUAGCCCUUAUCUCCUAUCCCUUGCCUUCUCCUGUAGAAAUGAUAAGG